CAAGCGCACUCAACGACUCAGUUGUAUAAAUACUUACUUACAUCAAAGCUAAAUUCUCUCAAGAAACAAAGCAAAAGAGAGAACAAAGGGAAAAACAUAUUCCCCUCUCUUUAGAUUCUCAGUUUCUUUUCAUGAAUCUAACCCCAAUUGGUCUCUUACCCUAAUAGAGAUCUGAAGAAAGAACAGCUCAAAACCUCUGUUUCUUCUUUCUCUAAGGGUUUUUUCUUCUUAUUAGGCUAUCACCACGGCAAUGGAUUCGUUUACUACUCAGAAAACUAAACCAAGAAAGAUGAAGAGGCUUGCGAAGAAGUCUCGUGUUCAGAUACUCUUUGAUCUAUUUUUCCGGGCGAUGGAGAUAAUCGUGGUUUUGGUAACAGUAGCUAAGCUCUGUUAUGAGCUCGUUAUCACGUUUCAGGACUCUGGUGUAGCAGCAGUUAUACUCGCAAACCGCAGUCUUGCGUUCGCUGUAGGAAACGCUAUAGUCAUCGCUCUGAUUGCUAAAUCCGGUCUUCUCUUGAAUCAAGAACUUGAUCCCAAGUGCAAAAGAAACGAUCUUUACGAGGAGUUUGUUCGGGAGAGCUCAAGGAGAGACGGAGGAAUCUCACGAGCAGAGGUCAGAGAAAUACAGAGUGAAGCAGAGAACAAGGCUAAACAGAAUAUCACCGAGAACAAAGUAAAAGAGAACGAAGAGAAACAGAGCAAAUCUGAGAAGAAGACGAAACAGAUCAUCAUUUAUGAGAAAGGAGUGAAACAGAGCAAACCUGAGAAGUUGACAAAACAGAUCAUCUCAGUGAACAGAGAGAAACAGAGUGUCGUAGUUGAGCAUGAGGACAUAACUGUGGAGAUGGAGAAACAGAAUUUGACUGAGAAGAGACGAAGUCAGAAUUACCAACGAAGCCAGUCGGAGAAUCUUAAGGGUUUGGAGAAGAGUUCUUGUGGAAAGUUGAAGAGAUCGGAGACGGAUGUAUCUUCUGAAAGAUUUGAUUCCGAUGAUGAACUCCGAUACAAGAUCGAGUCUUUCAUUGCAAGGCAGAGAAGGAAUCAAAAUGAUGAUUAGGUUUUGUAUAAUUUAGAUUUUAAAAUACAAAAAAUAAGCAAAAAAAAGAAAAAAAAGAAAAAGAAAAAGACAGUGGUUUAUGCAAAAUAGCAUUCACGUAUAUAUUUAAGUGUUUGUUAUGUCAUAAAUAUUUCUUUCGCUUUUUUUUCUCUGUUUUGUUUCUUUGUAUAAUUUUUGGUAGUUCUGUUAUCUUUGUUCUACAUAUGUUUUUACACCACUUGUGGUGUUGUGAUCUUCAAAUAUUCAUUUUGGAAGAAUACUUAUCCGUUACAAUUA